AUGAUGUUUCGCCCAUACUUGAUCGGGAUUACUGGAGGCUCCGCAAGUGGGAAAACAUCAUUGAGCAAUAGAAUUCAAGAAGCCUUGGCCCUUGACUGUACACUAAUAAACUCAGACUAUUUUUAUAAAGACUUAACUCCUUUGCAGCUGCAAAAAGUAUCUGACUCCCCCCCCCCCUCCGUGAGUGAACAAAAAAAUUUUGUUCACUCACGGAGGGGGGUUAAUUUUUUUUUUUAAAAAAAAUUUUAUAUAUAAAUUCUAUAAAAAUAUUUUUUUUUUUCGAAAUUCGCAAAAAAAAUUGGAAAGCAAAUAUUAAUUUUAAUUUAUAAAAUUUAUGUUUUAAAAAGCAAUUCGUUUAAAAUUAAAUAGAAUUAGCUCUAGAUUUCAUUAUACUAAUUAUCAUUUAUAUAUCAAAAAAAUUUUUUUCAUAAAAAAUGUUUUCUAUUAAAAAAAUUUUUGUUUCACUCACGGAGGGUGGGUUUUUGGGCAAAAAAUAGCGAUUUUUCUAAUGGUUUUGUUCACUCACGGAGGGGGGGGGAGUGAGUACAAUUUUGACCACCCUGAUGCUUUCGAUUUUGUGGAAAUGCAUCAUACUAUUUGGAAUCUCAUGAAUGGAGAAGAGGUAAAUGUUCCAAUAUAUGAUUAUGCUCAUUAUUGCAGAUCUAAUUCGUUUAUACUUGCAAAGCCAGCCCAGUUUAUUAUUUUGGAAGGGAUUAUGGCAUUGUAUGAUACAAAGAUAAGGGAAAUGAUGAAUCUGAAAAUUUUUGUUCAUACUGACUCUGAUGAGUGUUUAGCGAGAAGAAUUUUGAGAGACACUGAGAUGAGAGGGAGAGAUAUUAAGUCUGUUAUUAAUCAGUAUAGAAAAUUUGUAAAGCCAGCGUUCGAUGAUUUUAUUUUUCCUAUGAUGAAGUUUGCUGAUAUCAUUAUUCCUAGAGGGGCUGAAAAUAAAACUGCUUUUGAUAUCAUAAUACAAAAUUUAAUGAGUAAGAAAAAUAAAUAA